AUGCGGAAGUCGAUUGCAGAGGAGAAUGGAUAUGGUUACACUCAAUCACAUAUCUCAAACCAUGUGACGAUGUUACAAAAGCGACGUAAUGAUUCGGAACUACAAGAAUCUCCUGGUAGCGAAGAAGAGGAAACUGACGAGUCCGUCGUCGAAGACAUGAAAAAAUUGGAAGACCACUUUGUGGGAAUCAAAAAACAAUUUCGAUUGAUUCGCCGCAUUGGAGAAGGGACGUUUUCUACUGUUUAUAAAGCUGAGGAUUUGCUUUACGACCGUUAUUACAAUGAAAUAUGGGAUUGGGAACUAUCCGAAGACGAUGAAGAUGAAGCUUUUCUUUUGGCACCUUUCAAGCGCCGCCGCAUAGGGAAAUUCCUAGAUACCCAAAACUCGAUGGAAAGACCUGUGCAAAGGAAACGACGUUACGUAGCGUUGAAGAAAAUCUACGUUACCAGUAGCCCCUCACGCAUUCAAAGUGAGCUUGAGUUGCUUCUGGAACUCAGAGGUUGCCCGUCGGUGUGUCCUAUCAUCACUGCAUUUCGGCACCUAGACCAAGUAGUGGCAGUUCUGCCAUACAUUCCCCAUCAGGAUUUUCGAUGUCUAUACCGCACUUUUCUCGUGGAGGAUAUGAGGUUUUACAUUGGAUCCCUGCUCGCUGCUCUUCAGGCUGUGCACAGGGAACACAUCAUCCACCGAGAUAUCAAGCCAACUAAUUUCCUAUAUGACCCACUACAGAAACGUGGAGUCCUUGUUGACUUCGGCCUUGCAGAGCACGAUUAUGACAAUAGGGAACCCUGUCCAUGUUCAGAGACGGACGUCUAUCGACAAUUCCGAGGGCUAUAUUCCAACAAACCCCAGACCAUGUCGGCUGGCUAUCCAAAAAACGACUCCCGUCCAGCUCGUCGAGCAAACCGGGCAGGAACUCGUGGGUUUCGUGCACCAGAGGUACUAUUCAAAUGCGGGCAGCAGACCACAAAGGUGGAUAUAUGGUCUGUUGGUGUCAUUCUUUUAACCCUUUUAGGACGACGAUUUCCUUUCUUCCAUUCCUUAGAUGAUAUAGACGCCAUGGUUGAACUUGCCAGUAUAUUUGGCAGUCGUAAGAUGAAAGCGUGUGCAGCACUACAUGGGCAGGUAUUUGAGACCACCAUUCCAACAAUCGGCGAAAAAGGCUUCACAUGGGAGAGAAUCGUGUUGUGGUCCAAUUGCCUUGACGAACUCACUGGACGAGAAAAACAAGGAAUCAGGCUCUUGUCACACCUUCUAGAACUGGACCCGGAAAAAAGAUUCAAUGCAAGAGAAGCUUUGCGUCAUGAUUUUUUUACUUCCCCGGAAGGUGAAGAUUUGCCCUGGCAAACUGAAGAUUUAGGGUGUGGCGAGAAUCAGAGUAGUGUAAAAGAAAGUGUGAAGGAAGGUGGAAAGGAGGGGGAAGCAACAGGUAAAGUGCUGGAUGAUGUCCAGCUUAUCAAGCCAAAUGAUUACUCCUAA